CCGUCAGUCCGCCGGGUAACGUGGCGGCGCUGCGCUCGUGUGCGAGGAGUGGCUCGAGCUGUCACUGUUCAUGUAGUUUUCUGUGAUAAGAAAUACUGUGAAAUUAAUAGUUUAGCGAACUAAUUUACACAAAUCACGAUGUCCGCGUCGGGUGAAUUCGGUAAUCCUUUACGCAAGUUCAAGCUCGUGUUCCUGGGCGAACAGAGCGUGGGGAAGACGUCGCUCAUCACUAGAUUCAUGUAUGAUAGCUUUGACAACACUUAUCAGGCAACAAUCGGUAUUGAUUUCCUCUCGAAGACCAUGUAUUUAGAAGACCGCACGGUGCGACUACAACUGUGGGACACGGCGGGUCAGGAGCGUUUCCGCUCACUCAUCCCUUCUUACAUCCGGGACUCCACUGUUGCUGUGGUGGUCUAUGAUAUAACAAACGCAAACUCAUUCCACCAAACCUCUAAAUGGAUCGACGACGUCCGCACCGAGCGCGGCUCUGACGUCAUCAUCAUGUUGGUCGGCAACAAGACCGACUUAUCGGACAAGAGACAGGUUUCUACCGAGGAUGGGGAUCGCAAGGCGAAGGAGCUUAAUGUGAUGUUUAUAGAGACUUCUGCUAAGGCGGGAUAUAACGUGAAACAGUUAUUCCGGCGAGUAGCGGCCGCUCUGCCCGGCAUGGACUCCGCUGAGAGCAAGCCUCCUGAAGACAUGCAAGAGGUGAUCCUGCGGCAGGCGCCCGGCGACCACAAGGAGCCCGACGGCGGCUGCGCCUGCUAGCCUCACAGCCUUACAGCCUCGCAGCCUCACAGUCUCACAGCCUUACAGCCUUGCAGCCUCACAGCCUUACAGACUCACAGCCUCACACUCACAUGCAGUUCCGCACUGGCUGAAUGGAAUUCAAAAGAAGAAAAGCUUUGUAAGGUUAGAUGUGUUGAAAUAGCGACCGUAAUGCGUUGGGUUAAAGUUUAAAUUUGUUGAAGUUACAUAUUAAAAUUGAAAUUGGUAUGACGCAACACCUUGAAGCGUUCUUUUUUCGAAUGAAACGUUCCAGCCAGUCCAACGUUCACAAGUUUCGACCCCGGAUCGAAACUGAAUGUUCUAGAGGAGUUUAGUGCAGGUCUAAGGCUAAGGCUUGUGCUUUUGUGUGUCUCCACAGUGAUACUAGGUUUUAAUGUAACUUGAGUAGUUGCUGAUAGCUGUCUACACCAUUGUGAGCCUAAUUAUUUUGCUGUACAUUGAAUGCGACACAAAAGCACUCGAAAAUUCACUUGAGGACAUAAUAAAAAGCGUGAAUUCCUUAUUAUAUAUUUUAAAUUACAAUGCAACUAACAAAUCUGGCUGAAUGUUUUUUUUUUACGUUUCUAUUGUGUUCUCAAGUGUACAUAAUGCAAGACCGGUGAGGGAGCCAUACGUUUUGUAUGAGAUGAAUGCUGAAUGGGUGAGAUGUUUUAAUGUGGACUAUAAGGUGAUGUCUUAGCGCUACUGUAUGGAAUAAUUUGGACAUGACUUUAAGGUCUAAGGUCAGGGUCUACCGCGAACCACUUUGUUUUUUCGUACGUCUAUUCACCUUUUUCGUUUGAAUGUGCAAGAACGGUGAAGCGGUAGAUAAAGAAUUUUCGAUUUUCGCGGUAGGCCUCUGAUUUUACGCUAACUUGCUAGAGCUGUAAUUGUGAUCCGAAAAACCAUAAGGAGAAUAACGUAUAAAAGGCCUUAAGCUAGAUGGACUUAGGUCUAUUUUGGCGCGGCUCGUUAAUAGUUAAUAACUAUGGCGGAUGCUCUGAAACUAUCUUAGUUAGUUGAUCUCAUUCGAAAUGGCGCUAAGAUUUUGCAUAGUUUUAUAAUAGGGAACAGAUUUUAAUUCAAAGGUGUACCGUAUGAUGGUUGCACUUAUCGUCUCUCUCGUCAAGCUCACUAUCGCACUUACAAGAGUGGUGGCCACGAUGACAGACGAUAAAAACUCGACCCUCCAUACUCGACCAUCUUAGGUCCAUAUUUGGCUUAAUAACGGCAAAAGUCCAAUUAGUUGUGUAAUUGUGUUGACUCUUCAUGUAACAUGAGCGUGUUACUUCGAUGUUAAGAUAAUGUUGUACAGCUAUCAUAAUACUUAAUGUAUUUUUAUUCGUAUAACCAUGUGACGAAAUAAGUAAAUUUUCUACUUAUUACCGGAUGAAUCUGUUCCCUAAGACUGUUAGGGUACUUGGUUUUUAAGUGCAAGUAUGCGGCAGUACGGCUCAUUCGGGCUAAUAGCAAGAUCGUACUUUUAAAACGAAAACAAUCAAGUGACACGUAUAGUCUGACUAACGAAUUUCUCAGUUAAGAAAAGGCAGCAAAUUUAAAAAAUGUAAGCACGAAGGUUCGAGAUCUCAUAUAUUUUUUAAAUUUCGCGGCCUUUUCUGUCAAGUUCGUUUGCCAGACUGUAACAUAUUGGAAUUCAAAUAUUUUAAGUAAGUAAUUUUGACACAGAUACAUAUUAUUUUGAACGCGCCAGAUAUUGGUUGAAAUAUAAUGAAGAAGGUAUAUAAAAGUUUCGAAUUAUAUUUAUCAUGGCUAUUAUGAAUUAUCAUGGCAUUAAUACAGUAUGUUUCUGACCACGGGGCUUUAAAUUCAGGGCUCGAUUCUACUUGAACUUAUUAUCAUAUUAACUGGAACUUGUGUGUUUUCGUUUUAAGGGUACGAUAUGAUGAUAGGACGAAGCUCUGUGUUGUAUAUAGCACGCGCCGCGGGACCGGGACUAUAUCAUUUACUUAAUAAACAAAUAAAGAUAAAAUAAGAGGAAAAUGUACAAAAAUACUUCUGGCAUCUCGGUGCCGAGGUUCCACUUUCUAAAGAACUUUAUAUUAAUACAGUGGUAUGGUCAAUUAAAACUUUUUUUGUAAAAAACUGUUUUAUUACUGACAAUUGGCAGCUAAAUAUCUCUACUCUCUUUUACGAUAUCAACUAUAGCAAAGUGUGAUAAAGAAAAUUUAUAAACGUUCCAUUUUUAAGUCAUAAGUAUCAUAACAGACACACGAUCUUUUGGCGAUUUUUGAGAUUUAGCUCCGUUUGGUUCGGUUAAGACAUAAAUAAUUUAUUAUAUUAGUAAAGAUUAGGUUCUGAGUCCCGCGGUCCUUGUAAUUAGUAUUAUUUAUUUAAUUAGUGCUUAAGAAUAAAAUCUUAUGAUUCUAAUAAAUUAUAUCUAAAAAUUUUUAAUUAGUGAGAUUAUCACCGCUCUUGGGCUUUUCUUAAUGUUUUAUAACUUUUUUAAUAAUUGUAAUACUGUUAAAAACUGUCAUUCCAAGCUUGAUGUCAAUAGUAAAAUUUAAUGUUUACAUAUAUUUGAGAGCAAUACCUAUUGUAUGUUUAGUAGUAGUUUUGACAUUGUUAUAACAGAUUUUUUGUAAUAUAAUUUAUGUGAGAUAUAUUCUUUAUUUUCGAAUGUUCUUUUGGAUAAUUGAGUUAGGGGCUAAAUUAAAUUUGGUAUGUUCCGCUGCGCGCGACUUCGGUCAGACACUACUUCAAUUUCGGUAUUUUCUUCUACAUGCAAGUUGGCUGCAAAUUGUUUAUCAACAAACAACAAAAAAAAACAAGAUAUAAAAACAUCUCCCAUUCAAUUCUACUUUUAAAAGAUUUAAAAUAUUUUAAAAUGUAAAAAAAUAUUUUUUUUUUAACAACGAUAUACAAAAUUUUUAAUGAAAUGGAUUGGUAGAUUAUCGAUUAAUAAACAGAUUCCUCUAAAUGAACUAAAAUACCGCCAAAUGUUUCACUUUGACAAAUCAAAAUUGCAUUUGACUUGGUAAGUUAUGACGUUAAAUGGUCGUUAACGUAAAAUCCUGGUCACGGCACCGCACUUACUUUCAAUAACCUCCAAAAAAUAGUUACAAUUAAUUAUGUAAUUGUAAUUUUUUUCCACAUCUGUACAAAAUAUAGCACAGUUAAACAUUUUUGGAGCCGACUUUGCACAGUGAGAGUGAAAAAAAUACUAUCCAAAUGUCAUUAUUAUUAAUCUGUGUAUCUUCAUGUUUAUUACAAUGUGACUUGUUUUAUUUUAUAGGUCUACAGUAAUUUUCAACAUUGCGUCGAUUCAUAUUAUUGUAUUCUAGAAGUGGUACCGGUCACUUGGGUACUGUCUUUUUAUGAAGGCACACAAGCACACCGGCUGCGUAUGCGUAGACGUGCGUGUGCGCGUGGGCUUAAAUGUUGGAGCCGUGCACGCACACAUCACGCAAGUGGUGUGCCGUCUGUCACAAGGAUCUGUAUAUUACAACCCGCGCAUGCCUGCUACGCUUACGCAUCCGGUGUGCACAUGUCUUAGGUGUUUUACUUUUGUUUGCCGUGGCAAAAAGGUUUAUGACAGAUCAGUACCGAUAUCUGAGAACAGCAAUAAACAACAAAAUUAACAAUAAAUAUAGGUAAAGAAUAUGAAUUGUGUAAACUUCAAUGACUGGUUUUUGUCGCGAAUCUGGUUUAUUGUAAAUACCCAUAAUACACGCUGAAUAUACAUAUUUUAAAUAAAACAUUAAACCCAAA